GGCGGGGGUGUCCGCGCAGCCGGGGUUGAUGUUUAACCUGGAGCGCCCGUUCACGGAGAGGGGCCACUUCUUCUCCUCCAUGGAGUACCAGCGGCAGCUGGAGGAGGAGGAGGGCUACCCCCCUCCCGGCACUAAUGGGACCUUCAACGACAGCGGGGCCGGCCCGGGCUGGGACGCGCCGUACCCUCUGCACACCACCAUCACUCUCAUCAGCCUGGCCAGCUUGCUCAUGCUCUUCACCGUCUUUGGCAACGUCCUGGUCAUCAUCGCUGUCUUCACCAGCCGGGCGCUCAAAGCCCCCCAGAACCUCUUCCUGGUCUCCUUAGCCUCAGCUGACAUCCUGGUGGCCACGCUGGUCAUCCCCUUCUCGCUGGCAAAUGAGGUGAUGGGCUACUGGUACUUCGGUAAAGUGUGGUGUGAGAUCUACCUGGCCUUGGAUGUGCUGUUCUGCACCUCCUCCAUCGUGCACCUCUGUGCCAUCAGCCUGGACCGGUACUGGUCCAUCACACAAGCCAUCGAGUACAACCUCAAGCGCACCCCGCGACGCAUCAAGUGCAUCAUCUUCAUCGUCUGGGUCAUCUCGGCUGUCAUCUCCUUCCCACCACUCAUCUCCAUCGAGAAGAAGAGCGGGCAGCAGGCUGACCAGGGGGUGGCAUUGUGCAAGAUCAACGAUGAGAGGUGGUACAUCAUCUCUUCUAGCAUCGGCUCCUUCUUUGCCCCCUGCCUCAUCAUGAUCCUGGUCUACAUGCGCAUCUACCAGAUAGCCAAGAGGAGGACGAGGGUCCCGCCGAACAAGCGGGCAGAGCGCCCCGAGAAGAAGCAGAAUGGCUUGGCUGACAAGGAGGACCUGCCAGCCACGGCGCAGCUCAACGGGGAGAAGGCAGCAGGAGGCAGUGGCGGGCAAGAGGGAGAGGUCAAUGGCAUAGACAUGGAGGAGACCUCUUCCUCUGAGCACCAGGAGAACAACCAGUGCAAGAAGUCAGAGAAACCAUCAAGAGGAAAGACCAAGACUAAGCUGAGCCAAAUUAAGCCUGGGGACAGUUUGCCCAGGAAGACAGAGGAGGAGAGGAACACCAAAGGGUCCCGCUGGAGAGGCAGGCAGAACCGGGAGAAGCGCUUCACCUUUGUGCUUGCAGUGGUGAUCGGGGUCUUUGUCAUCUGCUGGUUCCCCUUCUUCUUCACCUACACACUGAUGGCCGUCUGCGAGAGCUGCUCCGUGCCCGACACCCUCUUCAAGUUCUUCUUCUGGUUUGGUUACUGCAACAGCUCCUUGAACCCCGUCAUCUAUACCAUUUUCAACCAUGAUUUCAGACGGGCUUUCAAAAGGAUCCUCUGCAGGAUAGAGAGGAAAAGGAGUGUUUGAAGGACCCUUUGCUACUGACAGGACUAACCAAGACUUUGUAGGAGUGUAAAGUACGUCUCUCUUGGGCUGUGCUUGCAUGGGAUGGUUUCCUUCAGCUCGUGAGCAGGAAGCCUUUAAAACCUGAGAUGAGCCUGUGGGAGCACCGGGCAGCAGCAGUGAGGAGCAGCAGGCAAGUGGAGCUCCAAGCUGUGGCAUUCGACUUGCCAGGGGAGGAUGGCCUUUGACUCGCUUGGUUUAUUUUGUUAGUUUUUUUUUCUUUUGCCAGAAUCUCUCAGUGGAUAUUCUCAUGACUGCUUAGUUUGACUCUUUAAAGGCAAACAUUGUGCAGCUCUGUGAGAUGAACAACAAAGAGGGAGUAUGCCACACCAGAGGUGUUGGCUUUUUUAUUUUGUUGUGUCUUUUUUCCCCCCCUGUUGUAUAUGUAAUGAAUUUUGACCCCCUUGUAAAAUAGAGUAUUGUAUUCUUGAAUUUGAAUGUCUUAAUUUUUGUAAGGCAAGCAGCUUUGAAACUGUGAAUGCUUUAAUUAUCUUUGAUACCUUAGAAGUCUUUCUUUUCCUACCCCCUGCAAAGCCCCUCACUCAAAACCACUGACCAACUAGAGCCAUCCUCCUACCUGACAGUUUGAUAAUAUUACCAAAAUU